AUGGCAUGGACAUAUACCUAUUGGAUUCUAUGUAAUGUUUUGAGUGGUUUUGCUAUAUUUUUACUUACUUUCAUAAUUUUGGGAAUUCUUGUAUGGCAUUUUGAAUCAAUAUUCUAUGGUAUGGUUGAUAAACUAUUUAAUAUUCAGCGUUGUGUUAUUGAUGUACAUCACACUAUUAUUCGAAACAAUUCCACAAUAUAUACUGCGAAGGCUACGAUAAAAAAGAGUCCUGGUUUGGCUCCGAAGCUGCGUCAUUGUUGUAGGCAAGUUGCUGUUGAAAAUUCUGUCAGACCUGUCAGUAUUUCUGCUCUUGCAAGUGAUAACGUCGUUCCAAAACUUUACAACUCUGUAAAAAACGAUGUUUUGAACAUUGUUGAAGAGCGUACAACGACAAUUGGUUUGAAAACACUCGGAUUUGCAGAAACUGAUUCUGAACAGGAUCUUACGGAUGAGAAUGAGUCUGAUCAAGAGGCUAAAUCUAGCGGUGAUCACACAAUGAAAAGCGGUGUUUUACUACCAACAGGACCAAACAUCACAUCGUCGAUACCACGAAAUCAUCCGUCACAUCCUCAAUACGAACGAAAAGUAUUAAACGUGUAUGGAAAAUAUCUCACUUUAAAUAAGAAGAGGAAUACGUUGUUAAUAUUGGUUUUAAGUACUAUCGUUAUUUCAGCUAUAAUUAUUGCCGGUUUUGGAGGUUGUAUAUUAGCCAGUACAACUGUUCAUCAGAACGGUCCGUGUCCCUUCUACGGUACGUCAGAAUGUUUUCACGGUGACAAUCAUACUUAUUUUGAAUGUGAAUCUGGUGAUGAAGUUAAUAUUACAUUACUCACAAGUAGUGCGUCAUGUUUUCGCUGGAUUGCACUUGAUAAGUCCAUAACGGAGGUACUGGCACAGAUUGCUAUUUGUACAGCUUUACUGACUGCUUUCGGAUCAGUUGCUGAAGUUAUCCUACGUCUAUUGCUCUAUGUAUUUCAACCACGUCGAGGCGUAGCAACAGGUAUACGCCGUAUAAUGGAAAAAACUGUGGGUAUAAAUCGAAUCACUCAACCGUCUCGUUUCUGCGGUGCUACACUACCAUGUCGUUUUGGUGUACUGAAUCUAGGCUUGUAUCAACAUCCUUGGUUGAUUGUAGUAUUGACUACAUUUUAUAUUCUUUUACCAUUGAUCAUUAUCGCUGCAUUUAUCUCUUUAACAGAAUUUCAAAUCAGUAUAACAUCAUUAACCUAUACUGUUCUACUUACACUCGUGCUGCUCUGUUCUCUUGCUCUAAUAUGGAUAAUGUGGGAAGAAGAUGAACUGAGUAGAAUUCUACCAGGUGGAUGGAUGAGCAUUUCGGAUGUAUUUCCAAAAGACCGAAUAGCAAAGUUAGCAUAUCUGGGUACCAGUAUAGUUCCACAAAAUCAAGUCACAAAAGUCACUGAUGGUAUUAGUGAUAAAGGUCAAAAAGUGACCAGUAUGAUCAUGGAUAAAUUUCCUAAGACAGAACGGAAUCCAAUAGAAGAUGUUGUUGAAACUGUAUCUGAAAAAACUCAAAGCUAUAAGCAAAGAGCAGGCUUGAUGCGCAAAACAGUUUCAAGAAGCGAAAACAAACAAUCCGAAGAUUCUGAACUUCAUACUUCAAAAAUAACAUCAUCAAUCAGAGCAAACAACGGAACUAAGCAGGCUCGCAAACAGACACAACUUACAGCAAAAACACUUGCCAUACUUGAAGAAGCAACUAAAUUUAGCGAAAAAGAUAUUCAAGCAUGGCAUGCUGGUUUUUUUCAUGAUUGUCCGGAUGGACAACUUACUAAAGAAAUAUUUAUUCGUACCUUUAAACGAUUUUAUGUUCGCGAUAAUAGAGCAGCUUGUUUUUGCAAAUAUGUAUUUGGAAUGUUCGAUAAAGAUAAUAGCGGUGCGCUAAAUUUCGUGGAAUUUCUUCUAGCUAUUUCUUCUAAAACUCAAGGUGAUUUAGAGCAACGACUAGAACUCGCAUUUGACAUGUACGAUGUUUCAGGUAAUGGAGAAAUAGAAUUGGAAGAAUUAACUAACUUGAUUAUAAGCAUGUAUGAUCUUGUAGGUGAAACUAAUCGUAAAGAUAACAAUGACCCAAAAUUUCGCGCCAUUGAAAUCUUCAAGAAACUUGAUAUAAAUAACGAUAAGAAAUUAAGCAAAGAAGAGUUCAUAAAAGCAUGGGAAGAUAAUCCGGAUCUUGUUCACAUGCUCGCUCCACAAAUGUGA